GAUACUAGGAAGUUGUAGACGAAGAAGAGUUCAAAACUGAAAAUAUAUCGCCGCAAUAUAUUGUGGCUGCUAGCCAGGAAGAUAGUCGAAGCUAAUAAUAAUAUUACCAAAACAUUAUCGAAUAUGGAGUCGUCAGUAGUGGAGCUGGAUGGCAGUGUAAUGGAGGGAGGCGGACAGAUCCUGAGAGUGUCAGCGGCCCUCAGCUGCGUCACCGGCUCUUCCAUUAAAGUGUCCAAAAUCCGAGCCGGGAGAAGCACACCCGGACUCAGGCCUCAGCAUCUGAGUGGACUGCAGCUUGUUUCGGACAUGUGUUCUGGCGUCCUGCAGGGCGGCACUAUCGGCUCCACGGACAUCAGUCUGACACCGGGAAAGAUUAUUUCCGGGAGCUACACGGCGGACCCACACACAGCAGGGAGUGUGUGUCUGUUGUUGCAGGUCGGCUUGCCGUGCGCUCUCUACACUGACGCCGCGUCACACCUCUGCCUCAGAGGAGGAACCAAUGCCGAGAUGGCCCCACAGAUAGACUACACUGUCAAGGUCUUCAAACCCAUCGUGGAAAAGUUUGGUGCUCAUUUUGACUGUGACAUCAGAAUGAGAGGCUUCUACCCAAAAGGCGGGGGAGAGGUGGCCGUCUCUGUGAGUCCCGUCAAAGAGUUGCAGGCCGUCACCAUGUUGGACAGAGGAACCAUCACCAAGAUUUACGGCAGAGCGUACGUCGCCGGCGUGCUGCCUUACAAGCUGGCCAAGGAUAUGUCGACCGCCGCAGUUCGUACAAUCAGGAGAGAAAUCAAAGAUCUGUACGUCAACAUUCAAGCACUGCAGGAGAAAGAGAAGGCCUUUGGCAACGGCAGCGGCAUCAUAAUCAUAGCAGAGUCGUCCACAGGAUGUGUGUUUGCGGGUUCAGCUCUGGGCAAGAAAGGCGUGUAUGUGGACCAAAUUGGCAUUGAGGCUGCGGAGAUGCUGCUUAGAAACAUCCGGCACAGCGGCUGCGUGGACGAGUUCCUUCAGGACCAGCUCAUCAUCUUCAUGGCGCUGGCAAAGGGGACCUCUCGGAUUCGGACAGGCCCCGUAACACUCCACACUCAGACGGCCAUCCACGUGGCGGAGCAGCUGACUCAGGCCAAGUUCACGGUCACGAAGUGUGAGGACGAAGUGAGCAACAAUGCCACCUACAUCAUUGAAUGCCAAGGGUCAGGGCUCACUAACCCCAACCUAUAACAACUCGGGAAGUGCUCCAACAUGGCUGAACUGCUCAGGUUUUGUUUUUUUCAGCUAUAAUAAUCAAUAAAGAAAUGGGAAUAAACUGU